AUGUGGAAUGAAAAACUCUUCGGGACUCGAUUCUUGACAGAAAUCCAGCAUGGGCCAUCAGAAAUAGACUCAAGCAAAUCCAGGGGGCAUGUUGAAGCAUAUGCACCAGUUUCGACGUCCCUUGAGGGCGAACGAGAGUCCGAUACUAACGGGGAGCGGUGUGAAGAGGCGAAAGCUGAGUCAAUAGACCCAGAGUCAGAGCUCGCAGAGAAAGCUCUUUCAGAUGGGAAAAAAAUUGGAAUCGGCUCUUGA